UACAAUCUGGAAACAGUUUUCAAUAAAACUGCACUGCGAAACUGUCAAUUUGCUUUCCGGAAAAUUGUUUUAAUAAAAAUGACGAGAUUCGAGUUAAUGACUGUAGUGAUUAUUGGAUUGCUUCAGGUGUGUACAGCCAAUCCGGUUACUUCUCCACAAGAAAACGAUCUGACGAAACUAUUUACGCCCGAUGAAUUAAUUCACGCAAGAAAUGCUGGGCUAUCACAAUUCGAGUUGAUUGAUGGGAAGACUUCCGGUUUGACACUUGACGAAAUUAUCAAAAUGAAUGCAUUGAUAAGAACAACUCCAUUUGAAUAUAUGGCUAACGUAUGCGAGAUUUUGAUGCCUGGACAAAAAAUGGCAUCUAAUUAUACCACAGCUCAGGAAGAAGUUCUUAAGAAUAUAGUAAAAUUAAUAGACCUUGUACCGAAGAAAGAUAUCGCUUCAUUUUUUCGGACCACAGUCUGUGAUUUCGUUAGUGAACCGAAUUCGCCUUCAUUUGGUCCAAAAUUUGUUCCUCAUACGACAAUUAUUUUGUUAAAAAAACACGCUAAAACUGGAUCAGCAUUAGACCGUGUUAACCUUGCUAAACACAUGUGCUGCAUAGAUGAAGGUGCUAAUUAUAUAGGCUAUGAGGGAGUCGGUACAUUACUCGAUGAAGAAAUGAAGGAAUUCGAAGAGAAAUGGAACAAUCUUGAUGCUACAACUACACCGGAAUCAAUUACAAAUUUGUGUGAUUUCUUACGGUCAACAAAAAAAUUUGACGCCAACCAGUGCCAGAAAAAUGGUCCAGUUGAUGGUAAAAUUUAAUUCAUUUCGUGAUUGUAUAAGGACAAGGAACGGCAAUAAAAUUUUUAAAG